GAUUUUACUCAGCAAAACACCAUUAUCGCUCUGUAGAAAAAAGCUUACAUUUUCGUACACCACUCUCACUGAGAAGAUGAAUUCACUUCAUCGUGUAAUAGGAUUGAUCACCAGAACAACCCCGAAUCCAAUUUCUUCAAGAAUUUCGCAUACCCGUUUAAAUCUCCCAUCGAUUCUCGUCAAUUUGAUGUCCACAAAAUCUGGAAACGAUGAAGACAAAUGGAACGACGCUUGGGAAUCAGCUUGGUUACCAGAUGAUCUCACAGAUAAAAUACGAGCUCCAUGGGAGACAGAUGUUAACUUCUCUGUAAAAGAAUCAACGGCCACGACUGAAGAAAUCGAUGUGGAAGCAAAAGCGUUCGUAGAAGAUAUGAAUGAGCAUUGGAACGAGAGGAGAGGGAAGAGUGGGAAAGUGGAGAAGAGAGAAGAGAAGAAUAAGAAAGAGAUUGGAGAUGGAGAAGAAUCAUCAUCAUCGCUUUAUAGUUUGGAGACGAUGAAGAAAGAUUAUAGAUUGAAGAAACAAAGAGUUCAUGCUUCUUUGUGGGUUAAAGAGAUUGAGAAAUUGGAAGAAGCUAAAUUAGGUGAUUCUGGAUCUGGUGGUGGAGCUGAUGAUAUUGAUAGGCUUCUUGAUAGUUGUUCAGAGAUUUUCGACUCUGUAGACCAUGAUUUUGACAAAUUGGAGGUUUCGAGUGGAUCUGAACUGAAGAACAAGCCUGAUGGUUGGGAAUCAACAGCAAAGGAACAAGAUGGAAAUCUCUGGGAGAUGUCACAAAGAGAAGAAGACAUUCUUCUCCAAGAAUUUGAUCGUCGGACUGCCUUCUGCAAAUUUCAGAUAGCGAGUUUUAUAAAGCAACACAUAUUCAGUAGGAGAAGACCGAUUGAUGGGUGGAGAUACAUGAUCGAAGUGAUUGGUCCAAAUGCGAGGAAAGGGAAAGGAAGUGUUUCUAGGCUCCCGGCUUUAUCGGAUGUGUCGACUCAGCCCUUCAAAGAAGAAACUGGCAGCCUCACUACUUCGAAGCGCCGGUAGAAGACCUAAAGUAGUGAAAAUCAUUUCAAAUCGUGUCACAGUGAUUGUUAGAUUGUUAAAAUGAUCAUCAAGUACUUACACUUUUUAAGGCCAUAUCGAUUCUUUUUUUUUCCUAUAUAAAUACAAGAUUCACCAUCUAAGACAAGACCCAUAUUGUUACAGAUAACCAAAUCUGUAAAAUUUAAGAACAUGUCCUCUACAGUUCUACCAUCCCGGGUUUAUAUUA